UCCGUGGGGCAGUUGUUCCCCCCCGCCCCCUCAGACCAUGCACCGAAGGCGCCACCAAGGCCUCAGCACUGUGGGGGGUCCCUUCUCAAGGCUCUCCCCCCUCCCUCGCCCCCCAGAAGACCCCGACCUCUUCCUGGAGCCCACCCAGAGAUUCUUGCUGCUGGCAGGCGAGGGGUGGAGUCCAGACCCAGGACCCUGCCUCGUCAGCGACUCGGAGGACGACAAGCUGCCCUGGCGCCCUGCCCUGGGAGACGCUGGCUCACCCCGAGUCGUGCCGGAGAGCGACGUGGAGGAGACAGAUGUGUGCCCAGAUGUGGAGGAAAGGGGCCCAGAUCCAGAUGUUGGGUGUCCAGAAAGCCACAGAACAGCCCCUGGAGACCCAGAUGUGAUGACGGGGACCACAGAUCGAGAUGUUGAAGGACGACGGACUCUCCUGGUGGAGAGUGAUACAGAUGUGGAAGAGGAUACUUCCAAUCCAGAUGUUGAGCCUCCAAAAACCCAUCGAGCAACCCAAAAUGUGCCGAGAAACCCACAUCUGGAGAUGGAGAGCCCAAAUCCACACGCUGAAGGACCCCGAAACAAACUUUGGACAAUUGUGGUGGACAGCGAUACAGAUGUGGAGGAGAAUGAGGUGAAUCCAGAUGUUGGGCAUCCAAAAAUCCAUAGAAUUGUGUGCAGAGACCCAGUUGUGGAGGGGGAAACCCCAAAUCCAAGUGUUAAAGAACCCCAGAAGAAAUAUUGGAACCUAGAGUUGGACAGUGACACCGACAUUGAAGAAGAUUGGAGUCAAGCUGCUCUUUGCCCAAAAAGCCACAAAACACCCCAAAACACCCGCAAAGUCCCAACUGUGGGGGAGGGGCUCCGCCGCAGCCAGCGCCUGGCCAGGAGCCGAGGGGGUGGAGCCUCUGGUGAGGGCGGAGCCAGCAGGGUUAGGGGCGGAGCUCCUGCUGUCACCGCCCCUGUGCGGCGCAGCCCCCGCCUCCAGGCCCGCCCCCCUCCGCUGGAGCCGCCAGCCAUGAAGGGGCGGGGUCAGGUGGAGACACGCCCCCCUGCCAAACCACGCCCCUGUCGGGCAGGCCGUGGCCCAUCGCAGCGGCAAGCUCAGGAAAAAGAGAAGGAGCUGCCAGAGGUCACAGGGCCCCAGCUCCGCCCCCGGGGGGGGCUGGGCUCCGUCCCCCCCAAGGUGCUGUUCACGGGGGUGGCGGCCUCCCCAGAGAUGGAGGUGGCCCUGAGGACACUGGGGGGGUCCAUGGCCACCUCCGUCUUCGACUGCACCCACCUGGUGACUGACCGCGUCCGACGCACGGUCAAGUUCCUCUGCGCAGUGGCCCGCGGUGUUCCCAUCGUCACCCCUGAGUGGCUCCACAAGAGCACCCUCAGUGGCCACAUCCUGGUGCCGGAUCCCUUCCUGGUGCGUGACAGCCAGCAGGAACGUCACUUCGGCUUCAGCCUUGCCGAGGCCCUGCGCCGCGCCCGCCAUCACCCCCUGCUCCAGGGCUACGAGGUCCACGUCACCCCCAGCGUCCACCCUGAGCCCGAGCUCAUGAGGGACAUCAUCACCUGCAGCGGUGGCACCUUCCUGCCCACCAUGCCACACACCUAUGGGCCACAGCGCCUGGUGAUCUCCUGCGAGGCGGACAAAGGGUGCUGGGCCCCGGCGCUGGGCGCCCGCCUGCCCCUGGUAUCAGCCGAGCUGCUGCUGACGGGGCUCCUGCGACAGCAGCUCCAGCUCCAGCCCUUCCUCCUCCUCCCCGUGACCCCCCCCCGUUCUCACGGGACCCCCCCAAAUCCCCUCAAGGUUUCUACAGUCCCUCCGGGGGUCCUUAGUCACCCCCCCGAGGAUCCCCAGGGUGUUCCCGGGUCCCCCCGAGAAUCCAGGAAGGUGUCGGGACGUAGUAGUCGGAAUCGACGACUCCCCCGGGAAACUUCUCGGGGCAACCGGCAGCAACCGGCAGCCCCCCAAUAA